AUGGCAAGUCUCAAAGUUGCAGAAAGUCACAUGUCCACUCUUCUUGAUGAUCCUCCAGUAGCAGACAACAAGUUCAAAUCAAUGAUGUACAUGCUAAGGGAGUGUUGCAUCUCAACUGCACUUACAUGGAACCCCAUCAUUUAUCUAAACCUGAUCAACGAAUUAUGGAGAUCUGCAAGUGUCAAGACUGGAGACAAUGGAUUAGUGAAAAUUGAAGCUUCUAUCAGGGGACGCAAUAUUGUUAUCUCUGAGCAAUUCAUUAGCGAUAUCUUGAAGAUUGAGCAUCAAGAUGCUUACCUGACUGAUAUAGAUCUGAGAGUUGUUGAUGAGUAUCUCGAGAAGUUGGGAUACUAG